AUGUCUCUAGAUGAAGAGGGUGUUUGCAGGACUGCUUUUGAGCUGAUUUUUGCAUUUGAUGAGGUCAACUCUCUUGGACACAAGGAAAAUGUAACUGUAGCUCAGGUUAAACAGUACUGUGAAAUGGAGAGUCACGAAGAGAAGCUGCACAAACUUGUAAUGCAGAGCAAGAUUAAUGAGACAAAAGAUGUCAUGAAACGAAAAGCUAGUGAGAUUGACAAAAGCAAGGCACUGUACGAGGCUUCUGAAAUGGCCUAUUCAAUUGAAAAGAAUAGGGGUGAUAAGGGAGGGUUUAUGUCAAUGGGCUCAGGAAGAAUAGAGAGCAGCUUUAGUGAGAUGAACAUUUCAAAUACUGGAAGCGGUUUUGGGAGUGGUUCUGGUUUUGGAUUGAACACUGAGAUCGAUCCAUUUUCUAUCAAGUCUAAAGGUCGUCAACCUUCGGCUGCCAAUGCUCCUCCGAAAGGUCUUGGUAUGCAGUUAGGGAAAUCACAAAGGACUAACCAGUUCUUGGAGUCUUUGAAAGCAGAAGGGGAGGUUAUCCUUGAAGAUGUGCAGCAAAAAGCAGGCCAAUCUAGAUCAUCUGCCCCACCUUUAACUGAUCCCGUCACUUUGCCUGUUGAGGAGAAACUAAAUGUAACACUGAAACGAGAUGGUGGUGUCAGUAACUUUGAUGUUCAGGGAACACUGUCGCUGCAGAUUCUAAAUGAAGAAGAUGGGCAAAUCCAAGUUCAGGAUGAUUUGAUAUGCUGA